ACCUCUCUGUCGGAGGAAAUGUUUCUUGAACUUGUACGUGUUGAAUUGUAAAGUGAUAGACUAGUUUUAUUACGAUCACUAAACCACAGGAAUGGCUCAAAGAGGAAUAACUGCAUUCUUUUCUCCGUGCGCGAAAACAAAGAGUAAAGAAAAGAACGAAGAAAAAGUGGCCAGUAAUGGAGACAUCAAGGUGAAAGAGGAAAGGACCCCACUUAAGUUCAAACCACAAACUGCAGCUUUAGAUUCACCUCCUGUCAAAAAGACUCGCAAACAAAAAUCACGCCGCAUACUUGAUGAUACUAGCGAUGAAGAAAAUGAUACAAAAGAUUUUGUGCCAUCUAAGCAAGAUCAACAUGUUGAUAUCCUGAAACAAGAUACUCUAUCGCAAGAAGUUGCUGAAACAGAACAUUGUGAAACUGGUGAUACUAAGGAAGAAAGAAAAUUUAUAGAAGUCAGGUCUCCACAAAAUGAGAUGAUGCAUAUUCCUAAAAGAAAGACAGCAUUAAGAAAACCUGCCAAAAGGAAGGCCUCAAGUGAGGAGGAAUCUACAGUGGAAAAUCAGGCCAAGGCUGUAAAAAGAGCAAAGCCAGAACAGGAUUCUGAGGAAAAGCAAAGAGAAAAUCUUGACAAGGCGGGGAAACCUGCUAAUGAUAAAGUGAAAAGAGAAAAAGUAGACAGAGGAUUAAACUUUGUUAAUAAUGGUGAUGGAGACAAGGAUGAGGCUUUUGUUAAGUGUGGGAAAGAUCAAACAGCAGGGGGAUCAGAAUCUAAGGGUAGAAAGAAACGAAGAGAAAGAGAGGAAGAAAAUGGCAAACAAUCAACAGAGACAAAAGAAGACACUGGAGAAGGAAAACUGAAGAAAAAAACAAAUCUGAAGAAAAAUUUCAAAAGUGAUGGAACUAAAGGUGAAAAAGAUGACAUGAAGCUGCAAAGCUCAAAACACAAUGAAACAAAAGAACAGAGUAAGUCUAUUAAGGAAAGUGGAGAAGAAGAUUCUGAGGUGGAGAUAAAGAAGGAGAAGGGAGAAGAUGUAUCCAGCCAUCGAGACUCCAAGGGUGUAAACAAGGCUAAGGGUGCAUUCAUUGACUUCUUCUCUCCUAAACGGUCCAAAAAGGGAGAAAGUAACAAUGAAAAACUUACAGAGAAGAGUAAAAGUGACAGAGACAAUCCAUCAACAAAGAAAACAAGCUCUUCAAAUAAAACUGGGCUCAGUGAACUUGUGAAGCCCACUGAAUAUUCUCCAGAAAAAAGUGACUAUCACCCCAUCCAAAAUGCCUGUUGGAGACAUGGAGAAAGAGUUCCUUACUUGGCUGUAGCCAAAACAUUUCAUGCCAUAGAAGACACUUCAGCCAGGUUGAAAAUUACCUCCAUCCUCAGCAACUUCUUCCGUUCAGUGAUUGUUCUUUCUCCAGAAGAUCUCCUUCCAUGUGUUUAUCUCUGUCUUAAUAAGCUGGCUCCAGCAUAUGAGGGAAUUGAACUUGGAAUUGGAGAGAACAUUCUAAUGAAAGCAGUUGCAGAGUCAACAGGACGAAGCCUUCAACAGAUAAAGUACGAUGUUGGAGAAAAGGGAGAUUUGGGAAUAGUAGCUGAGAGUUGCCGAAGCACCCAGCGCACCAUGUUUGCCCCACCUAAGCUAACUGCUUCAAGUGUCUUUACCAAACUGAAAGAAAUUGCAAUGAUGACAGGACAUAGUUCUAUGACAAGAAAGUCAGAGAAAAUCAAAGGCAUGUUUGUAGCUUGUCGUGAUGCAGAAGCAAGAUAUUUAAUCAGAUCUUUAGGGGGCAAGUUAAGAAUUGGUCUUGCUGAACAAUCAGUUUUAACAGCCCUUGGACAUGCAGUCUUUCUCACCCCUCCAAGUAAAGAGUUCCCUUCCCCUAUUAUUGACAAUGCUAAGAAUUUUUCUGGUGAUGGGCUGAAAAAGAAACAAGAUGAGGCAGCUUUAAUUGUAAAGACCUGCUACUGUGAAAUGCCCAGCUAUAACAAACUGAUUCCAUCACUUCUGGAACACGGACUAGAAACACUUCCAGAACACUGUCAUCUAACACCAGGUAUUCCACUGAAGCCAAUGCUGGCUCAUCCUUCCAAAGGAGUGGAAGAAGUGUUUAAAAGAUUUGAGGAUGCAGCAUUCACAUGUGAAUAUAAGUAUGAUGGAGAACGAGCUCAGAUCCACGUACUAGAAAGUGGAGAAAUUCACAUUUACAGCCGAAACCAGGAGGACAACACAUCAAAGUAUCCUGACAUUAUUGAGAGAAUGCCAAAAGUUUUAGGUGAUAAGGUCAAGUCCUGCAUCAUUGAUGCUGAAGCUGUGGCGUGGGACCGAGAGAAGAAACAGAUUCUGCCUUUUCAGAUUCUUAGCACACGUAAAAGAAAGGAUGCCAAUGCCUCAGAUAUAAAAGUUCAAGUUUGUGUCUAUGCAUUUGAUUUAUUAUAUUUGAAUGGAAAGUCAUACAUCAAGGAAACAUUUCAAAAGCGUAGAGAAGCUCUCCGAUCAUCACUCGUAGAAGUUGAGGGGGAGUUCAUGUUUGCUCAGAGUUCUGAUUCAAUAAAUGCAGAUGAUAUUGCAGAAUUCUUGGAUAAUUCAAUCAAAGGUAAUUGUGAGGGUCUGAUGGUUAAAACCCUUGACAUGGAUGCCACAUAUGAAAUUGCUAAACGUUCACAUAAUUGGUUGAAGUUGAAGAAAGACUACCUAAAUGGUGUUGGAGAUACUUUAGAUGUAGUUGUCAUUGGAGGUUAUCUGGGUAAAGGCAAAAGAACUGGCUCAUACGGUGGAUACCUGCUAGCCUGCUAUGAUCCUGAGAAUGAAGAAUUCCAAACUAUCUGUAAGAUUGGAACUGGUUUUACAGAUGAGCUACUUGACAAACAUUACCAGUUUUUUAAAGAUCAAGUGAUUCCACAUCCAAAGGCAUAUUAUCGCUAUGAUGAUAAUCUGGCUCCUGAUCAUUGGUUUGUCCCAGUUCAGGUUUGGGAAAUCAGAGCAGCAGAUCUUUCAGUCUCUCCUGUUCAUAAAGCAGCUUUGGGCCUGGUUGAUCCUGUCAAGGGAAUAUCGCUGCGAUUUCCACGCUUUUUGAGGAUCCGAGAUGAUAAGAAACCUGAACAAGCCACGGACAGCUCACAGGUUGCAGAAAUGUACAGAAGCCAAGAAACUGUGAAGAAUAAUGCAAAUCCUCCACCAACUACAGACGCUUCUGAUGACUUCUAUUGAUGCAAGAAAUAAUUUUUUUCCAUGUCCUUUGCAAAAAGAGAUAUUGGCGUUUCUUGAAAGCAUAGACAAGUGAUUUACCUGCACCCUUUGAAAGCAUUGCAUCGUAUGGUCGCAGUAAGCGCUUGUUUCGACGUAAUAAUUUAAGGACUAGUUAAAUUUUCAAUCAAGCUGGGUUACGAGCUGCUCCUCUGACCUUUCACACUCUUUAACUUACGAGAGUGGUCAGGUUUUAAUUUCCUCCUACAGUUAAGACACCGUCUAGUAUAUAGGUAAUGAGAAUUAUGCCAGAUAAAUCUGCUGCACGCGAAGGGUCCAAGCGGAGCCCCAUACCGAAGUAAACAAGAGAACCCAUCGAGGCGAGGUGGUUGUCUGUGGCAAAACUACCUUUAGGAUGUGUUACAGGCUGCACGGUGGUCAAAAGAUAGUAGAGCCUAGACAAGCAAACCGUUUCUUGUUAACUCGAUCUUAAUGAACUUCAAGACCUGAGGGAAAUUCCGAUAAAAUGGUGGGAAGUAAAAAAGGGACCAACUUGAACUCUAGGGUCAGCCGAAAUCUAUCGCAAGUAAACAUAGAUGUAUUUAAACACGAUCCUCGCAGUAAAGAAUACUAUUUAAGAAAUAGUGAAUAUCAGACUUGAAAAAAUUCAGGCCUGUACGGGAUUC